UUUCAAACUUCUCGAGAAGGUAAUACGCUACGUCACUUCCAGAGUGUCACAGGAAGUGUGAGGUGGCUGUCUGGAGCUAAGCAAAAAUGUCUGCUAUUUUCAACUUCCAGAGCCUGCUCACGGUCAUCCUGCUGCUCAUUUGCACAUGUGCAUACAUCCGAGCAUUAGCGCCCAGCCUGCUAGAUAAGAACAAGACUGGGCUCCUGGGCAUAUUCUGGAAAUGUGCAAGAAUAGGGGAGCGGAAGAGUCCUUAUGUCGCCGUCUGCUGUAUCGUAAUGGCAUUCACCAUUUUAUUCUCGGAAUAACCAUGGACUGCCACACAACCUGGACUAUUUAACACCAAGAGCAAAAAAAAAAGGGGGGGGGGGGCUAAGGCUGAUGGCGGUGGGCUACCAGCCUCCCCCCUCUCCUUUCCCCCACAGCCCCAAUGUGUGACUUUAUCAAAAAGAUUUUGGACUCAACUUGUCUGGUCUGUUCUGGUCUGGUCUGGUGUGGUGUUGAGCUGGGAAGCCAUUGAAGCACAGUAGUUCUGCACAGGAGGAGGAGGAAGAGGAGGAGGAGGAGGAGGAGGAAGGGGUGGAGGUGGAGAGAGAGUGCACUGAAGCACAUCUUGUGCACACUGCGUCCACCUCCUGGACUGUCUUAAUACGUUUUUUGUAAACAUGGUCUUGGUCUCCGCUGCUUACCCCCCUGUGCAGCGUCCCCACUGUUUAUAUCUUCACGUCACUACCAUUAUUUUGCCACUUUAUCAACCAGAUGUGGGGUUUUGGGGGUUGGGGAGGGGUGUGAGGGAGGGGGGGCAGCAGUGUAAGACUUAUUAAGGAUGUCCGUGCAUCAUAACUCAAGAUAUAAGAAUCCAGAUGUGCGUUUUUGUUUAUAUAUGUGUUUGUAUUCGUCUGAUUACCGCAAUGACGCUCCGGUGAUUUCAAAAAUACGACCAAGAUUUGCUCAGCGAUAUCAUGAUGGAGAGGAUCAUAAUGGGGACUCAGAAUGUUGUUUUUUUAUGUGACCGUUGUUAAUCAAACCAAACCGACACACUCUGUCAUGUCAAUAAAGGCAUAUUUGUUGUA